CUUGUCGUAAACCCCCGGCGGUGAUAUGUGGAAUUAUGUUUGAACUUUAAUUUGUCAAAUAACCUGCGUUGCGUUUACUAAAAGCAAGAAGUAAUACCAUUUGAGGAAGGUGAAGCGGUAAAAUCAGAUUUUGAUUCAACCUAGUGCAAGAUGCCUGUUCAGUCGAUUGCUCUUGGUUCUGUAACAAUUGGACCACCGUCCUGGCGGGACAGCACAGUACGCUCUAUACGGGCCGCAGAAGACUUGGUGCGGAAAACCCAUCCUGAACGGUGGGGUAGCCGUAGGCCUACGCGUCCUAUGAGUUGUAACGUCGUUACUUUUUCUCAGACGCAUGCCGACACGGUUGAUAAAGCCUCUAACAAUGAAAAAAGCGAUACUGAGAAUCCCGUGUGGAACAAUGGGACAAGACCACAAACCACAGGAAGAAUGUACCGCCAUACAACAUUUGAGGCCCCGUUCCCACCUCCCAGCCUGCGAGAGCAGUGUGCAGAAGUCAGUGUGGGCCUAGCAUUUGAGUACAUGCGUGGUGUGAGGGAGGUUGAGGCACAGUUACGCAGAAAAACAAGCAAGGUGUCCAAAGAGGCCACAAAGCUGGAGAGAGAAAGAGGAAAUCUAGAGAAAGUGCUGCAGAGCCUGAAGCAUGACAUGCAGGUUAACAAGUGGAGUGUGGAAGGCAGGACCAUGAGACCAGCUUCUACUGAAUUGGAAAGAGAUGGUGCAGAUCACUUACUGGAGUGUGAAAAAAUGGAGCUGACUGAGCUGAAACGAGAGCUGGAAAGCACACUGAGAAACACAUUGGCACAGCUACAGAUCCUGGGGCAGAGUAGUAGGCAGCUGUUGGAGUGUGCCAGUGAAAGGUCUCGUGUAUUGGAGCUCCUUCCACACAGCGGCUCACUCUCCAGAGGAGCCUCUCCUUCUCAAGCCCUCAUCAAACCUGACCCUGCCGGUCCAUUCACUCCAAAUUGUAUGCAGGUCCUAAAGGCUUCCUUACUGGCUGUACAACAGUCACAGAAGCUGAGGGAGGACAUCAAACAGAUGGUCACUACUACCAUCGCCAGACAAAGGGCUGCACAUCGUACUGUCAAUGAUUGUCUUGUGCAGAAAAUUGCAGAGACAAUAACCCUAAAGCAAAACCUCCUUGUGAUGUCUGCAGCAACCAGACAGGCGAUUUUCCGUCAACAGAGGAAGCUCAACUGCAUUAGCCACAGUCAUAAUGCAGCACUGGGCCCAAAGAACAGUGGAGAUUUACUGUCCAGAGAGAAACUCAACAGGCCUAUUGUCCAGAUUUACCACAGACACCAUGGUACACAGUUACUUGAGGCGUCUCAUCUCCUGCAGGGCAGUGCUGUGCUGAGGCGGUGCCUGCAGUCAUCUGAGAAUGAACUUGCAAAGCUGCAGGGCUCUUGUCAGCAGUUGACAGAAAACCUGAAUGCCAAGAGGGCUGCAGCCCAAGUGGACUCAGCCGUGGUGAGGAUGAGACGUCGGCUCGUUGAUCAGCGGGCUGUUCCAAAAAUCCUCCAACAGGGCCUGUACUGAGACACUUGCAUUCGAAUGUAUGUUUUCUGCACAAAAAAUCAUGAUAUGGUAUCAAGUGAAAAGGGAACCAAUCUAGUUAGCUGAUUGCAUUUUCUAGAAAGAUUGUUUUGUUUGUUUUCAUAAUUUACUUUAAUUUGAACUUUAAUUUAAUCUUGAGUCUCUGGAACAUUAGAAUCAACUUUAAUAGGGCUCUGACUAUCACAGGAGAUGGAUUUGCUGGUUGUCAUCUCGAAAAAGACAAGAAAGGGAAUAGAAAUGUGUUCUCACCUGCCCCUUUACUGUGCUCACAGUAGGAUUCAUUCUAG